AAUUUCUCCACGGACGGCAAGCAGCCACAAAGUUAUAUCGAAUCCAAGAUGGCGAUGAAUGUUGUGAUCCCAGUUUCGCGAGCACGUCAUUGAGCAAAUUUUUGCUGCUGAAAAUUGAUCGCUGGCCAACAUAUCGCUACAGAGCCACAAGCAAAAUUGCGUCAGGUUUUCGUCGGUGUGUGGAAAAGUGCGAAAGUCGCGAGGAAUCGUCAGUGGGCUCCCUUUUUGCCGGAAGUGUAACCAAAAGUUUUCUCCUUUGAGGUGAAAAAAGUUUCACCUUUCCUGAGCUGCGGUCGAGUUGUUUCAAGUGGAAGCAAAGAAGAAGAUACUGUGUUUCUCUAGCUUGGCCAAUCGCCCUUGGCUAGACAAGGCCGAUUGCGGCCGCAAAAUAGUUCCCGGAAAGUCGUUUAUCUUUUCUGAAGUGCGCUUCUGCCGGUGGGAAAUUUCGGUUCUAGUUCCAGUUCGUAUUCAACGUGAGUGCAAGAAAAAGAAGAAAUCUCGGUCUGGAAGUAAGAGUUGCUGCGAUUUUCAGCUCGUUACGUGUGGUGUGUGUUGGUUUUCUGCCGAGGCAAAAGCGUGUUUCUAUCAGAUGUGGGAUUUGGAACAGACAGUGGAUGCUUUUAAUUUUUAGAUUCUCGAUCAACACUGUUCAGAAACCGAUCUCAUUGAGUGUAAAUAAAAAUGUGUCUGCAGUCAACACAAUAGUUUUAGCUUCGUACGCAAGCUUACAGGAUAAUGCUUCACUGUUCGCCUUAACGAAGCUGAAAUAUCCGAAAAGUAUUCCUGCAGCAAAGAAAACAAAGAGUGACACUAGCCAGAUAUCUCCGACUACUUCAAUAUCUAGUGAAUAGUGAUUUUACUGACGCAUAAGUUAUUUAUUUCAAACGACAUCAUACUACGAGAACUCACAAAAGAGUUUACUUGACUAGUGAAUAAGGAUCACCAGAGCGGUGAAUAACGACUGCGCGAGGGCGCGUGUGUGUGUCUACUGUUUGCUUUUAUCCAGUGAGUCUGACAAAAGGACUGAAUAGUAUAUCCGCCAAUUUCUAAAGCAUAAGUAUCCUUACAAAGUGAUUAAAAAUUGAGCAGAGCAUAGGCAAGGUUCGUUACAAAAUUUUGAAAAAGAGGAAGAAAAAGAAUUCCUCUAGCCAUCACCAUCACCGUCAUCACCAUCGCCACCAUCCGGCAACGACGGCGGCGACGGCGACGAGCACAUCUAACACGAACGGCAGUGAUCCGCAGGAAUCGCCGCAACCAUCAACUAGCAGCAAUAAUACCAACAGCAGCAACUGCAGCACCGACACCGGUUCCAGACGCAACAUGACCACCGAUACGAGACGCCGAGUCAAGCUGUACGCACUGAACGCAGAUCGGCAGUGGGAUGAUCGGGGCACCGGUCAUGUCACCUCCAGCUAUGUCGAUCGCGUCAAAGGCGUUUCCCUGCUAGUUCACGCAGAAAACGAUGGCUCGAUGCUGCUGGAGAGCAAAAUCCACCCGGACACAAUCUACCACAAACAGCAGGACACACUGAUCGUGUGGAGCGAGGGAGACAAUUUCGAUCUUGCGCUCAGCUUUCAGGAGAAGGCUGGCUGCGACGAGAUAUGGGAGAAAAUUUGUCAGGUACAAGGCAAAGAUCCCUCUGUCGAAAUAACGCAGGAUGUUGUGGAGGAAUCAGAGGACGAAAGGUUCGAGGACAUGUCGGACUCGGCGCCGCCCAUCGAACUUCCCCCGUGCGAGCUGUCCCGGUUGGAAGAUAUUUCCGAAGCGAUCGCCAAUGGCCUAACGUCGCAGAUUCGAAAAGACAAACUGGCACAGGCGAUCGAAAGUGAAAACUAUAUCAAAAAGCUGCUGAAUCUGUUCCACAUAUGCGAAGAUCUCGAGAAUCACGAAGGACUGCACUACCUAUACGAGAUUUUUAAGAACAUUUUUCUACUGAACAAAAAUGCUCUGUUCGAGAUCAUGUUCGCUGAGGACACGAUAUUUGACGUGGUCGGUUGUUUGGAGUACGAUCCAACGGGAAAUCCGCCGAAGCAGCAUCGACAGUAUUUGAAACAGUUGGCCAAAUUUCGAGAAGCUAUACCGAUUCGUAACAUCGAUCUGCUCGCAAAGAUACACCAAACGUACCGGGUGCAGUACAUCCAGGAUAUCGUGCUCCCAACACCGUCACUAUUUGAAGAUAACAUGUUGAACACGCUCUCCUCGUUCAUUUUCUUCAACAAGGUGGAAAUAGUCACUCUGAUCCAGGAGGACGAAAAGUUCCUGGACGAUCUGUUCACGCUACUAACGGACCCCAAUACAACAGACGCCAAGCGACGGGACAUCAUUCUGUUCUUGAAGGAGUUUUGUAACUUCGCUCAGUAUCUGCAGCCGCAGAGCAAGGAAACCUUCUACAAAACGCUAAUCAGUCUAGGUAUUUUGCCGGCGCUGGAGAUUACGCUGGCCAUCAACGAUAAGAAAACGAAGGCCGCCUCGAUCGACAUUCUGACGACAAUCGUCGAGUACUCACCGUCGAUUGUGCGCGAUUACACGCUGCAGCAGUACAACAACUCCGACGCGGACGAGGAUCAAACCCUAAUCAACAUAGCCAUCGAACAGAUGCUAUCCGAUUCGGAACCUGAACUAGGUGGUGCGGUACAGCUGAUGGGUGUGCUGAGGAUACUUCUUGAUCCGGAAAAUAUGCUCAGUUCGGUGAACAAGUCGGAGAAGUCGGACUUCUUGAACUUUUUCUACAAGCACAGUAUACAAACGUUGACAGGUAUGAUCUUAGGAAAAACGAACUUUUUCGUCGCUCAACACAGUAUUAUCAUUAUUUUAAUAUUUAUUACUGUAGCUCCUCUCCUGUUGAACACCCUUACCGAAAAGCCAGCCAACGAAGACUACCAUACGGUGCAGCUUCUGGGUUUAGUACUGGAGUUGCUGUCGUUUUGCGUCGAGCACCACACCUACCACAUCAAGAACUGCAUCAUCAAUAAGGACCUGCUGCGACGAAUAUUGGUACUAAUGAAGAGUACACACACGUUCCUGGUUCUAGGUGCCCUGCGAUUUCUGCGGAAAAUCAUCGCACUGAAGGACGAGUUCUAUAAUAGGCACAUUGUGAAAGGUAAUUUGUUCGCACCGGUGGUGGAUGCCUUCAUCCGGAACAACGGUCGAUACAAUCUGCUGGAGUCGGCAAUCCUGGAGCUGUUUGAGUUCAUCAAGAUCGAAGACAUCAAAUCACUGUACACGUACUUUGUGGAGAAUUUUGGCAAGAUCUUCGACGAUGUACAGUACGUGCAGACGUUCAAGACACUAAAGAACAAGUACGAUCAGCAGCAGGAUCGGCUAAAGGAGAAAGAGAAAGGUGGUUUAGACAGUGUCCCCUCGAUACUGCGGAACAGCAGCCGGUACCGGCGGGAUCAGAGACAGGUCGAUGAGGAGGAGGAAAUAUGGUUCAACGAGGAGGAAGACUUUUCCGACAACAAAGCCGGCUCGCCGGAACUGGACACUAGCUUAGGUAAAAUCUUCGACAAAAAAUCCCCCGAAUCGUCCCCUACAGCCACUUCCGUGAACGGACCCAAGUACAGUAGUAACAAUGGUAGCAAUACGGCGACAUCGCAGCAGUCUCCACUUGCCCAGCUCCAGUCGAGUCCACCGCUGAACAACAAUACCGAUAUCAACAGUAAUACCAAUAGCACGACAUCGUCAGUAGAAUCUGCAUCGUCUAUCCCGCAGCAUCCUCUAGCAGCAGCUGCCGCAGCAGCAGCCGCGGCCGUUGCCGCCUCGGCAUCAUCCGACAAUUCAACGUCCUCCUCCUCCUCCUCUAGCAGCAGCAGCAGCAGUUCAUCUUCCACAACCGGUGUCUCGACAACGGAUGAUGCUCCGCUCGUCGACUCCGAUAGCUUGCUGUACACGAGUAGCGAACUUCUAUCCGACAACUCACACGAAGCACCCGCCGCAUCAACGACGACACCCAUCAUGGAGACGAUGGAAGAGGAUGGCAGUUGUAGUCCCACAAAGUCUUUGUUUGAGGCAGAUUCACAACAGAGUACUGACGGCGAUGAUAGCAGCAGCAGCGUGGUAAAUUGUACCAGCUCAUCUACCCAAGCCAUUGAAUCUCUCGUGUCCACCGAAUUGGAACCAAUUAAACGGUUAUCAGUGGACAGUUGUGCCAAUGUCGUGUCACCGGAGCCGGUGGUGGACGAUGUGCGAUCAAACUGUGGCGUCGAAGCUGGUAGCGGUGUUGUCCUAGAAAGUAGUUCUGCAGUUAGUAGCAGCAGUAAUGGUGAUAUUGAAGCUUCGACAACGUCGGUAACGAUACCCAAGGCCGUCGUCGAUGCGGCACCGGAUGUUACGGAGCCGGCUAUAAGUGCGGUGGAGGACGUUUCUUCACCGGCAGCUCCCGUCGUGAACAGCCUCAAGAAGGCUCUCGUGGACUACGAGGGUGAUUCGGACGAUGAGGACGACGACGACAGUGAUAGUCCCGUACAUAAGAAGGCUAGAAUAGCAUAGCAUCGUAAUUACCUCCAUUACCAACUUCAUCGCCACCGUCGGGAUCAGCGAAACCACAACCAUAACCAUAGCCAUCAAAAGCAGCCUGUCGCGAAUUCCACUGGCGACGCUACCACUGACGACGCCAGUGAAGGCGUUCUGUUCGCUGCUACCACAGCCACACCCACAACAACCACAACAUCAACGGCUGAAACAACAACAAAUUAUACAUAAAUCUUAUAAAUACAUGUGUAUCUAGAGAUAAUAUUCGCUAAUUUAACGGAGAACCAGAGGGAGGAGGAAAUAGUCUAAAAAAUGACAAAAAGAUAUCCAAAAAAGUAAUUUGGCGCAGAAGUACACUCGUUUCCUUUUUUGUUUAGGAAACAGCAGAGUAAAUUUGUUCAGGAGCAAAAAAACGCAAACAAUUUUUAAUUAUUAUAUUGAAUAAUAAUUGAAGCUGUAAUUUAAUUUAAAAAAAAUGAGAUAAAAAACGGAUAAACUGAGUACGAAUAAGUCUUAUUAAUAUUACUACUACUAAAAAUCAAACAAAAACAACAUACAACUGCGACAAACUACUACUAUUACUAUUAAUACUGCUAAGAAGUGAGGUUCAACGUAAACUUUUUGCCGCAGAACUAAAUGGAAAUGGUUUGGAAACAGUUGAAAACACAAACUAAUCAUUUUUCACAAAUGCAACAGAUGCUAACAAUUUGGCAACAAUAGGACAAAUAUAAAAAUAUAAUUGUUUGGGUGAAAUGAUCCCGAGCAGGAACAAGCUGUUUUCCAAUCGAUCAAAAGCUUUUCGAAAUACGUUGUUCAGUAGUAAGAAAUUGAACGCAUAAAGCCUACUGGAACUUGAGAAGUUCACAGGUAUUUCAUGUGUUUUGUGAGAUCGUCACAAAGUGAAAAAAAAACUAAAAAUCUGCACACUCCAGAAACACAUAACAUUCGGCGUGCAAGUCGAGCGACUAUAGGACAUAUUUAAAAAAGGAAACAAGUAAAAGGCACAGGAGUUAAAACAUGUUUAAAUACGAAAGAACACGAAAAUAAGAAAAAACAGAGCUGGAGCUAAAGUGAAGGUAAGACACAACUGUGAGAGUGUGAGUUAGCUGGAAUUUCUUUUCCUCACUUUCUCGAACUGUAAACGGAGAAUUUCCUCAGCAUUGGAAUUAAAUUCUGUUAUUUUGUAAAAUUUGUAUGUAACCAAAAAUAUCUGACGAAAAUAGAGCACACCGAUGUGGAAUGACUUUUUCCUGAGAUGGUCUUUAAAGUUUUUGUUUUGCCUUGCUUUGGAUUAAUCUGAGGGAAAGGAAAAUGGAACCGUGAGCUUGCAUUUGCCUUUUUCUUUGAGUUUCUUACCAAACACGAUCUAAUUUGCUUGACAUUCGCACAGCUUUUGGAUGGUAUAUUUCUAGGAAGUAUGCUUUCCCAGACCUGUUCGGAUGCGCUGUUGUCAAAUAUAUAUUGACGUCUUUCGCCUGUAAAUAGUAGUUACUCAACUGUAAUUAGUGCUAAGCCAAAUUCUCGUAGGAAAUAAAAAAAAUACGAAUAAUCGAUAAGUCGAGAUGUAAAUGUUUGAAGAUUCAAUGAAAAACAAAACAUUAGACAACCAAUUAAUCACCGCAAGUUCUAAUGACCUAUCGAUCUUCACUCUCUUAUCGAAAGACUAGUGUCAGCAAAGAGCCUUUCCGCUUACGUUUCAGGACAAAAAAUGUUCAUUUCGCUUACAGACGCUGCCACGCUACUACCAUUGUUUGAGUGGUGAAGAAACAAUCGACAGUUGAGGGGCUCUCCGUUUGCAGAAAUGACGAACAGAACAAAAGGAAUUAGGAAAAAAACAACUUUUUACAGGAGUUAUUAGUGAGGUGGAAAAGUGAAUGAAGAAAAUAAUAUACAAAAAAAUCUUUAAAACAA